UCUCUCUCCAUCUCUUUCUUUCUCCCCAUCUCUCUGGCUUUCUCACACUCUACAUCUCUCUCUUUCUCUCUCACACUCUCCAUCUCUCUCUCCACCUCUCUCUCAGUGUGCAGGCAGAGAAGCCUGGUGAUGGAGGAUCUGUGUCUCUGAUGCUGUGGGGCUGUGACUGGACAGUGAGUGACCCCAUGCCUCUGAGUCCGGCUGCCAACGCUAAGCAUGACCCCCCUGAUCAUCCCUGGCAACCAGCCGCUACCAAUGGCAACCAGCCAGGUUCCGCCCUUGCCAGGGACGACGGGAGGACUUCCUCCCCAGAUCCUCCUGACUACGGCUCUGGAAACAGCAUCGUCAUCCGUAUUGGCAUCCCUGACCUGCAGCAGACGAAGUGUCUGCGGUUGGAUCCCGAGGCAGCAGUGUGGAGCAGUAAGCAGCGUGUGUUAGUGACUCUAACACAGAGUCUGACUGAUGUUCUUAACUACGGUCUGUUUCAACCGGCCUUCAACGGACGAGCUGGGAAGUUCCUAGAUGAGGAACGACUGCUGAAAGACUACCCUCUACCCCCCAUCACCCCUAUUCCCUAUCUAGAGUUUCGCUAUAAGAGGCGUGUUUACACUCAGAGCUAUGUGGACGACAAGCAGCUAGCAAAGCUCCAUACCAAGGCCAACCUUAAGAAGUUCAUGGAGUAUGUUUAUCAGCUCAGCGUUGACAAAGUCUCCAGGUUCUUGGAGAAAGGCCUUGAUCCUAAUUUUCAUGAUGCAGACACAGGAGAAUGCCCCCUGACCCUGGCGGUUCAGCUAGAGGGCAGUUCAGAGCUGAUUAAAGUUCUGAGGAGUGGAGGAGCUCACCUGGACUUCAGGACUAGAGACGGAAUCACAGCGCUGCACAGAGCUGUUCUCUCUAGGAACCACACAGCACUCACAACUGUGUUGGACCUGGGUGCGUCUCCAGACUAUAGGGACAGUCGCGGGUUAACUCCGUUGUACCACUGUGCCAUGGUGGGGGGAGACCCGUACUGCUGUGAACUGCUGCUGCAUGAACACGCUGUCAUAGGCAGCACCGACGAGAAUGGCUGGCAGGAGAUCCACCAGGCAUGUCGUCAUGGGAACGUGCAGCACCUGGAACAUCUGCUGUUUUACGGAGCCGAUAUGAGCUCUCAGAAUGCCUCAGGGAACACUGCCCUGCACCUGUGUGGUCUAUACAACCAGGACGGCUGUGCCAGAGUUCUGCUGUUCAGAGGAACAAAUAAAGACAUUAAGAACUACAACAACCAAACAGCUUUUCAGGUGGCCAUCAUUGCUGGGAAUUUUGACCUGGCAGAGAUCAUUAAGAUCCAUAAGGCCUCAGACGUAGUGCCUUUCAGAGAGAGCCCUUCCUAUUCCUCUGUGUACACAGACAGCCUUCGCAGACAGACACGGCGCCUCAGGUACACACACAGCCUUCGCAGACAGACACGGCGCCUCAGCCCGAGUGGCAGGCUACAGAGGGACCCCAGCCCGCCCCCAUCUCCCCCCAGCCCAGUGCAGCAUGGGAAACGUAGGCUGUACAGCGCCGUGCCGGGGAGGACGUUCAUCGCUACCCGCUCUCACACACCGCAGGGCCCCGGAGAGAUCAGCCUGCAUCGUGGGGAGAGGGUCAAAGUGCUGAGUAUAGGAGAAGGAGGGUUCUGGGAGGGUUCAGUUAAAGGACGGACCGGAUGGUUUCCUGCUGACUGUGUUGAAGAGGUCCAGAUGAGACAGUACGACCCACGCCUAGAAACACGAGAGGAUCGCACCAAGAGGCUUUUCAGACAUUACACCGUGGGUUCCUAUGACAACUACACUUCCUACAGUGAUUAUGUCAUUGAGGAGAAGAGUUCUGUGCUACAGAAGAGAGACAGUGAAGGAUUUGGCUUCGUCCUCCGUGGAGCUAAAGCGGAGACCCCAAUAGAGGAGUUUGCUCCUACCCCAGCGUUCCCGGCACUGCAGUACCUGGAGUCUGUUGACUUGGAGGGCGUGGCCUGGAGGGCGGGGCUUCGCACUGGGGACUUCCUCAUUGAGGUAAAUGGUAGUGAUGUGGUGAAGGUGGGUCAUAGACAGGUGGUGUCACUGAUCCGUCAGGGAGGAAGUCAGCUGCUGAUGAAGGUUGUUUCAGUCACACGCAAACCUGAGUCCGACUUAGUCCGUAAGAAAGCACCUCCUCCGCCUAAGAGAGCACCCAGCACGUCGCUCACACUGCGCUCCAAAUCUAUGACUGCUGAACUGGAAGAGAUAGCCUCUGCCAGGAGGAGACGAGGGGAAAAGCUGGACGAGAUGUUGACUGGGUCCCAGGAGGCUAUGAUGAGAAAAUGCCCCUUGGAGGCGGACUACAGAGCGGCCACCGUGAAGCAGCGGCCAACCAGCAGACGAAUUACUCAACAAGAGAUCAACUCUUUGUUUGAGCGGCAGGGCCUGCCUGUUCCUCCAGGGGUUUCCUUGGGUCUGGAGAAAGCCACCAUGCAGCUGCCUCGUGGAAUGUCUCGGACCAAGUCCUUCGGUGCACCAGAGGAUGACAGGAUCUCUGCUCUGAUUGGAGAGCAUCGGUUUCCAAGGAGCUCUUCGAUGACUGAUGGCUUCAUACCUCCUCCUCCCCAGACUGCUCCCCCUCCUCCCCCCUCUCACUACUUCCUGGACUCUGGCCCGCCACCGGCCUUCUGCCCUCCACCUCCCCCGCAGCGAGCAGCCGAUCAAUCACACUCCAGCUUCAAGCCGGGGGCGGAACCUAGGCUGCACGAGGUCUGUGAUUCGCCAACAUCUCGGAGCCAUGCAGAGCGGCAGAGGAAAGCUCGCUCCAUGAUCAUCCUGCAGGACUCACCUGUACCAGGCUAUCUACCUGCAGAGUCUGCCCCCCUAGGCCGACCUUCUGGGGCUACAGCAGGGCUGGGCCUGUCCCGACCCAGCCCUGCUGCUUCUCCCAGCCCCCUCUCCAGAACCAGCCCUGCUGCCUCCCCUAGCCCCCUCUCCAGAACUAGCCCUGCCCCCAGCCCCCUCUCCAGAACCAGCCCUGCCCCCAGCCCCAGCAUCCUCUCCAGAACCAGCCCUGCCCCCAGCCCUAACCCUCCAGGGGAGCGCAGCAGCAACAGGAGGCGUGGCCGACCAGUAGAGAACCCGUAUGCCAACGUGGGUCAGCUGCCUGCCCCCCCCAGCAAGCCUCAGCGCCGCAAGACUCCUCUCCUCAAACAGCUGCAGGUGGAGGAGGGGCCCAGCAGGGCAGAGUUAUACCAGCAGCAGGUGCUCACUGAGCGUGCUCAGAUACGGGUCACGCCCCCUCAGGGCCGUAGGUCCUCCUUCUUCCUGUCUGUGGAGGGAGGGGGUUCAGAGCCCCCUCCCAUCCUACUGACUCAGUCCCACUCUGUAGAUGACCUGGGGGAGCUGCCGCCCCCCAUCCCCGUCCUCUCCCCCUCCUCCUCCCCCCACUCCACCUUUCUCCACCCACUGACAGGCAAGCCUCUGGACCCCUCCUCCCCCCUCGCCCUGGCCCUCGCUGCCCGCGAACGAGCUCUCACUGCACGCACACCCAGCCCUGAACCCAGAACCAAACACGCACACUCACCCAGCCCCGAGCCCAGGCCCAAACGAACCCCUCCUCCCCUGACCAGCCCUGAGCUCCAUCAUAAACGUAUCAACCCACCCAUUUUCCUUGAAGGACAGCUGGAGCGGCCAGUCGUAGAGCGGCCAGAGACAGAAGGCGGAGUCACAUCUCCUGCUGUGCCCUCCCCCGAGCGUUGGCAGGCUAUGCCCCUCCCUCCCAUCAGUCAGGUGACCAUCAAUAUAACCAAUGAAAGCCAGCCGGCAGGACGGGGUCUGGGGGAAGAGCUGAUUGAGGCGCUGCAUGGACAAUUACAGAGGAGGAGAAGUCUGACCGUUGGCAGCUCAGAGGAGGAGGGCGGGCCUUAUACGGUAACCCAGGGCCAAUCAGAGAGGAGGAAGAGUCUGGAGGGCGGGCCUUACACGGUGACCCUGCCCCCGGCACUGCUGUCAUCCAGUGAUGAGGAGACGAGGGAGGAGCUUCGUAAGAUUGGUCUGGUGUCUCCUCCCCUGGUGUUUGCUACGCCCCCCUCCCCCACCCAGCCCCCCUCCUCCCUCAGCCUGUCACCACGGAGACCCCAGGCAGGUGAGGGCAGGGGAGGAGGGGAGUCAGCUCCAGACUCAGGGGUGGAGGAGGGAGACCCUCACAUAGAGAACAUCUUAUCCCCCAGCAGCACCCCGGCCCCCAGCCUGCCCCCCACCCUGCCCUCCCCAGAAUCCCCACAGCCUUUCACUGCCACCCCGAAAACCCUGCCCUCCACCACCUCAGACUCCCAGAGCCUGAAGCCCAGGCUGCGUUCUCCCCUGGGCCGUGGUCGCUCUGCUCUCAGGGAUCCUCUACUGAAACAGUCUUCAGACAGCGAUCUGCUUCCAUCUGGCUGUGGACCUGGACGCCCACCACCCUACCUCUUCCAGAGGAGAUCUAAACUUUGGGGGGAGGUGUCCGAGUCUCGACCCAGGCAGAGUAGCCCUGAGGAGGGCAGGCCAACUGCCGUGGGGGGUGGUGGGCUGGAGCUGGCCUCACGUCUCCAGUUACUCAGUAAAGACUCCCACUCACUCGGAGAGGAGCCUGCAGGACUGCUGGACCCUGGACACAGGUCCCCUGUGGGCGGAGCAAGGUUGUUUAGUAGUCUUGGGGAUGUCCACACCAUCUCCCAGAGAGGUUUUGGUGGCACCACCUACACAGUCCGCCCGGGGAGCCGCUACCCAAUCACACCUCGCCGCAGUCCCAGCCCCUCCCCCUCACCUGCCCCUGUCCUCUCACCAGACAGGUCAGAGGUCAGUCCUGGGCGGGGCUUUGGCCUUAGCUCCUCCCAUCACCACCACACCAUCCUCAAGUCGUCUAGCCUCAGCUUGCCUUCGGAGCCCAAGGAGGUCCGCUUCGUAAUGCGGAGUGCCAGCGCUCGAACCCGUUCCCGCUCGCCCUCCCCCUCCCCCCACGCCUCCCCCUGCCCCUCCCCCGUACUGGGCUCCCCCUUGCUCGCCCUGCGGCCGUGGCGCCAACGCCCUCUAGCUUUGUGGAGUAAGUAUGAUGUGGGAGACUGGCUGGAGAGUGUUGGUUUGGCAGAGCAUCGCGCCCGCUUCCAGGAGCAUGAGAUUGAGGGUUCCCACCUCCCUGCCCUCACCAAGGAUGACUUCGCUGAACUCGGCGUGACGCGAGUCGGGCACCGCAUGAACAUUGAGAGAGCACUCCGACAACUGCUGGACAACUGAACCUCUAACCCCUGAUAUCACUGAAGGGCUGUCACACCUGAACCCUAACCCUCUGGAGGUAUUCUGGCAGCACCAGUGGCUGUAACCUGGCAACACCAGUGGCUGUAUGCUUUCAGACAUCUAUUUUCCAAAGACAGCAUCACAUGGAGUUGAGCAUUUAGUAUUAACUUUUUAUGAAUAUACAAGAAAAUACCUCCUCCAUCAAAAUAUCUACAAUGUCGACAUAUUUUCCAAUAAUGAAAUUGAUGAUAAAUGUUGAUUAGGAAUAGAUAUAUUUAAAUAAAAUGUUGUGUUUCAUAACAACUUUAUUCUGUUUAGGGAAGGAUGAGAAGUGGUGGAUGAGACUUCAUCGUUAACCUGUCAGUCUACUACAUUACCCUGUCAGCCUACUACAUUACCACGUCAGCCUACUACAUUACCACGUCAGCCUACUACAUUACCACGUCAGCCUACUACAUUACCACGUCAGCCUACUACAUUACCACGUCAGCCUACUACAUUACCACGUCAGCCUACUACAUUACCACGUCAGUCUACUACAUUACCACGUCAGUCUACUACAUUACCACGUCAGUCUACUACAUUACCACGUCAGCCUACUACAUUACCACGUCAGCCUACUACAUUACCACGUCAGUCUACUACAUUACCACGUCAGUCUACUACAUUACCACGUCAGUCUACUACAUUACCACGUCAGUCUACUACAUUACCACGUCAGUCUACUACAUUACCCUGUUAGUCUACUACAUUACCCUGUUAGUCUACUACAUUACCCUGUUAGUCUACUACAUUACCGCACCAGUCUACUACAUUACCCUGUUAGUCUACUACAUUACCGUGUUAGUCUACUUUGUCAUUAUAAUACAUUACCCUGUCAGUCUACUAUAUUACCCUGUUAGUCUACUACAUUACCCGUGUUAGUCUACUACAUUACCGUGUUAGUCUACUACAUUACCACGUCAGUCUACUACAUUACCACGUCAGUCUACUACAUUACCACGUCAGUCUACUACAUUACCCUGUUAGUCUACUACAUUACCCUGUUAGUCUACUACAUUACCCUGUUAGUCUACUACAUUACCCUGUUAGUCUAUUACAUUACCAUGUUCGUCUACCUUGUCAGUAUAAUACAUUACCCUGUUAGUCUACUACAUUACCCUGUUAGUCUACUACGUUACUAUGUUAGUCUACCUAUCUACCAUGUUAUUCUACUACCUUACUAUGUUAGUCUACCCUGUUAGUCUACUAUAUUACCAUGGUAGUCCACUACACUACUCUGCUCGUCCUCUAUAUUACCAUGCUGUCUACCCUGUUAGUGUACUACAUUGCCAUGUAAGUCUAACAUGUUAGUCUACUACGUUAGUCUCCUGCCUUACCCUGUUUGUCUACUACAUUGCUAUGUUAGUCUCCUACAUUACCCUGUUAGUAUCCUACCCUACCCUGUUAGUCUUCUACAUUACCCUAUUGUCUGUUAGUCUACUACAUUACCAUGUUAUCUACCCUGUUAGUCUACCCUAUUAGUCUACUACACUACCCUGUUAAUUUAAUACAGUAUCCUGUUAGUCUACUACAUUACCCCAUUAGUCUACUACACUACCCUGUUAGUCUAAUACAUUACCCUGUUGUCUAACCUGUUAGGCUACUACAUUAUCAUGUUAGUCUACCCCGUUAGUCUACUACAUUACCCCAUUAGUCUACUACACCACCAUGUUAGUCUAAUACAUUACCCUGUUGUCUAACCUGUUUGUUUACUACAUUAUCAUGUUAGUCUACUGCAUUAUCAUUUUAGUAUACUACAUUACCCUGUUUGUCUACCAAAUUACCUUGUUAGUCUGCUACAUUACUAUGUGUGUAAAUCUUUGGCCUAAAUGAGUUUAUUCUGUCAGGAAGACCUCGAAUGAACCUCACUAGUAUACAUGUUUUAUAUGAAUUUUAAGCAAUGUUGACAGGAAAGUCUCCAGGAUAUGUUUUCUAAUAUCCCUAGCUACUGGUUUGUAUGGAUUUUAUACCUAUCUGUGAUGCUCUAAGGCAGAGUAAAAGGUUCAGAACAGUAUUUUUACACAGAAGACGGUGCUAUUUCACUAAAGCCAUCUGUACAGAGCAACCCUACGCCUAAACCUAACCCUAAACCUAGCACUUAACCUAAGCUUAAACCUAGCACUAAAACUAAGCCUACACGUAAACCUAGCUAACACUAAUGCCUUGGGAUAUUACCAUGGUCCAAUAGCGCACGCAGGCACGCGCACACACACACACACGUGUACCACAGAUACAGGAAAUUCCAUAGUCACAUGACAGGGUACAGGAAGUUCCAGUUAGUCCAGUAGGGAAAGGCACCAUCAUGGUUCAUCUGCAGUGUUUUAACAUGCAUUGUCAUAUAAAACAUUGAACCUCA